CUGCAGUUAAGGUCUUGAAACUUGGCGCAGUAGCAUUGCUAAGAGCUGAGGAACAACCUCAUAGUCACAUUGACUGUUGCCAUUAUAUCCUGUACAAUCAACUACCUCAUAUUUAUUCGCAUCUUAUUUCUUGGACUUAUAUUUCUUUAAGGAUUUCCCGAGUGAUUUACAGAAUUUGUGCGGACUUAAAUUCAUUCUGUUUGGUUGCUAUCCACUAAGUUCUACUAGGCAUGGAGCAUUUUAAUUUGGUUUGCCUUGAGACAGAUGUUGCCGGAAAACCUCAGAGGGCUAUCAAAGAUCCUGUUUUACUAAAUGAUAAAAGAGUUUUAGCAAAUUUGUUGUCAACAGAGGAUAAAUAUCUUCCACAUACUAAUUACUUUAACUGCGUACAAACGGACAUACAGCCGUACAUGAGAAAGAUGGUUACAGAAUGGAUGGCGGAGGUAAAAAUAUUUUUGUUAUAAAUAACCCACUAAAAUGAAAAAAAUCCAGUUGAAAUCCUUUUGGCAUAAACAAUAGCUAAUCCUCUUAUCAGAAUACAAAAUAAAAGAUCUUGCUAAUAUAAUUGAUUGAUUUGCAUAUGGAUCUUUAAAAAAGAUAGAAUAUUUAGCAUGCAUGGUAUGUGUCGUCACAGGCAAGUCUGCCGGCUUACAAUAUGGCCGGGUUUGCUGAAGUCCUUGAAAUUCCAACCAGGCUGCAUGUAUCAGAAAAAGAAUGUCUGAGCAUAAGCAUCAGUCGGGAUUAUGAUAAUGAUAUAAAAUAAAUACUUUUAAUGUACUAAUUACAAAUCUGGUCAUAUGCCAAGGCUAAGGUUUGAUAUAGACAAGCAGGUGUUGGAGUAGACAACUUUUAGUUGACGCUGAGCAUGUGGCAUAAGCUGCUGCUCAUUUUUAAGUAAAGAUUCAUCUGGUGUCUAAAUUGGUCUCAUGGGAAUUAAUUUACAGCUUUUUAUCUUUUUAGUAUUGUAAAUUUUCAAAUGCAUAUUUAAAACUUUAAAUAAACAUUUAUAAUUGGAAGGCUCAAAGGUGGCCCGCUAUAUUAUAAUUAUAGUCUUAGUAAAUUUAUAAAGGUAGUCCUAGGCCUAGCUAGUUAAGCUAGCACUAGCAGCUAGGCACUCAAUACCAAGUUUUUUAUUAGAGGAUAUCUUUCGACAUUGUUUUCAGAAGGCAUACUAAAGGAUUAUGUAGUUAGUAGUAAUGAAUAAUUGAUUUAUUAAUUGGUAGCAAGUUUUGAAAAGAUUGGCUUUUGAUUCAACGAAUCACAUCUUAAACUUAUUACUUAUAUUAUUAAUUUUACUUUUACCAAAUAUAUAAUGUUACUUACUAAAUUACUAACUAAGUCUUUUUGUCUUUACUAGGUCUGUUCAGAGCAAAAAAUGGAAGAGGAAGUAUUUCCUUUAAGUGUGAAUUAUUUGGACAGAUUUCUGUGUAUCAGGGAUAUUAAAAGAACGCGGUUGCAGCUUUUGGGUGCUGCAUGCAUGUUUCUAGCAUCAAAACUAAAAGAAACCUCACCUGUCAGUGGGGAACAGCUUGUUUUGUACACAGACAAUUCCAUAACACUGGAGGAGCUUACGGUAAGAAUUAUUUUUUUGGAACUAAUGAAUUCAAUACAUAGUCUUAGUUGUACUAAAAGAACUCCCAUUCCACAUUAAAUAAAAAAAUAAUUAAAGUAACACGGUCAGAGGUGUCUACUGUAGCUAAUACUAAUAUACAAUUUUGCCAUAUGAAAUUUUUUUUAAUUACAUAGCUAGAAAUGUAUGCCUAGACUAUAUGUAGUUAUAAAUGUAAAAUAUAUUUAAUGUAAGUGUAGCCUUGUAAUUGUAGGCUUAAACCUUAUUCAAUUUAUUGUCAGUGCAUAUAUAAGGUCCUAGCUGUUGGAUCACUUAAUAGUGAUUAAUUUAAAAAAAUCACUUAGGCACUACGCCCUAUUAUUACUAUUAGCAAAUCUACAUGUAAAAAAAAAAUGAAAUUAAGCCUCUAAUUUUAAAAUAAAAGUAAAAAUAAAAUUUUAUGAGUUAAUUUCUUCCCCAAAUUAAAAGAAUAAGUAAUCAUGCAAAAUAAUAUUUGUAUUUGAUUACAUUUAUUUGAUGUCAAUAGUGUGGUAUAUAUUUUAAACCCACCUUUGACAUAUUCUGUUUGUGCAAGGUGAUACAACAUGUGUUUGGGCUGUUUAUUUUCUGCAUGCAGUUCAUUUUAUAUGAAACAUUUCUACUACUAGUUAUAACAUUUCAAAGUUUAUUGGUUUUAUUGGAAAGAAACAAAAAGGUCACUUUAAGAACUGACAGCAUAAGGGCUGUAACUGUGGGAUAGAAACAUCGUAGCCUGCCUGAUAUAGGACACUAUAGGUUUAUGGCAAAGUAGUCAAUGUUAGGAAAGGGUUGUUGUUAAAUCCAUACCUCCAUUUUUAUUGAAAACUUAAAUGCAUGGUAGGAACCAAGUUUUAUUAGUAGCAUUGAUAUCAUUAGCAAGUAUAGGAAUACUAGGAAUUUAAUAUCUGGGGAAGUGAUUAGGUGGGGGAGGGUAGCCCUACAGGUUUGGCACAGGACAUGUGUAUAUCACAGUCAGGGCGGGUAGAUGAAGAGAUCAGUUCUAAGACCACAACAGACGUGAGUCUGCUCGCGCAGCCAACGCAAGAGGGGCAAGUGUGUAUGAUUAUGAAGCAAAUCAGAUUUUGUGUUUGCAUUGUGAGAUUUGGGAAAAAAACUUGCUUGUUGUUUAGAAUCGGGUGCUGAGAUUUCUGUGGUUAUACAAAUGAAGACUUGCCAUUAGCAUGUUUGUCAUUGUGUACAUUAUGCAUUAUUAGUCAACACAACUGUUGGACCUACAGUACCAUUUAUUUUUAUUUUUUACAGGAUUGGGAGUCCCAGAUCUUACAACUCCUAAAGUGGGACCUCUCAGCUAUUGUACCCAAUGAUUUUUUAGAUCACAUAUUACACAGAAUGCCCUUAACCAAAAGCAUUCAGUCUGCCAUUAAAAGGCAAGCACAGACAUUUGCUGCCCUGUGUGCUACAGGUGAGUUAUAGUUGUACAAUGGAGAAUCAUAAGAUUUUUGUUAUUUUCAUAAGUCAUAAGAUUCAUUUGUACUAAUUCAUAUUGUCAUGCAUUAUCAUUGACAAGCUCUGCUUGAAUAUCUAUAUAAAAGACAAUAAAUAUUUUUUUAGAAUAAAUCAUGCUACAUAAUAUGUGGUCUGCAUCCAUUUUGGUUCUACAGUCUCCAGUGACUCAUUCAACACAAUCAAGAAUGACUAGGCUAGCUAUUACAUUGCCCUGAUUGAUCUUGGCAUUGAUAUAUUAAAGUUAACGCUAUCAGUAUUCGUUUUCUGUUAUUAUAGGGGUGUUUAAAUAUUGAGUUUUGCAUAUACAGAGUUGAAUAAUGAAUCCUCAUGCAGCAUGUUAACAUAGUAACUAUCUUUCCAACACCCAUAUUUUUCCAAAUAUAUUUGAUAAAUUUGAAUCUGUAUGCCACUUUGUUCUCCUAUCCCCACACUUUCUAACUGUGUGGGUACAGACCUGGAGUCUGGUAAAUAGUGGAAGGUGUGAAACUAUGCAUAUAUUCUGCUGCUGGCAUAACCUCAAGCAGACCUUCAUGGGGAGUCUCGCAUAGUUUACAUUCCUUCAUGUGACAGUCACCAACCCCCGCCCUACACAUAGGCUAUUUGUGACUUGUUCACCUUUCGUUUUUACUGCCAUUUUAUCCUCCUCACAUUUCUUGGCUACAGUUGUGGGAUGAUUUGCUUUCAAUGGGGAAAUAUAGUUUUGUAUUUUUUAAUAUAUAUCGACUUGGUAAAUUUAAAUUAUUCAUCAACAUGUCUCUUUUAUUUCUCAGAUGUUAAAUUUAUGGUGACACCCCCAUCUAUGAUUGCCUGUGCUGCAGUUAGAACAGCUUUACGGAAUUUAAACUGUGACAAUGGAAGGGAAUUAUUGACCCUUCAUGAUAUCACAGGCAAUGAUAUGGUUAGUAUAUUUUUUUUAAUUUGCACAAUUAGUUUUAUUUUGGAAAUAGUAUGGCUGAUUAUUUGUUUUACUACUAUUAUUAUAGUUUGUUUUUUUAAAUCCUUAUUUUCAAAAUUUAUUUUGUGUUUUCUUAGGACUUGAUCAGAGACUGCACUGAGCAGGUUGAACAGACAAUCAGCAACUGUAUGUCAUCUUAUUCAUCUGGAAAGCAGGACUCUCAUAAGCAAGAGCAACCAACAACCCCAACUGAUGUUAGGGAAAUUAACAUCAUGUCUGUGGACAACCAUCAGGGUGUGCCUGUGAUCUUCUGAACAACUCUCCAGAUUACUUGGCCUAACAAAAUAGUCAGGGGUGUGUUUUUGAGCCAUCUUAACAGGAAAAGGAUACACACAUUUCCUGACAUGCCCAAUCGGCAUACUGGCUCUAUAGCACAGGUCUGCCCAGCUGUUGGCAUAGAAUUUUGGACAUAACAAGAAAUCGUGUCUUGCUUUUGGGCUGUCUCCAGAUAAUGAGUCCAAUAUUUCAUUUCAUUUCCUCUAAAAGAUGUAACAGGACACAUUUUGUAUGAAAUGGAACAAUUUCUUACCUGGACUAAUGCUAUCUUGGAAUCACUGAAAAGACUGGGAAGUGUUAUUUGAUGUAUAUUUCUCUAUCCAACGGAGAAACUUAAGUGAAAAGUUCAUUAACACACCUAGUAGAACUUAAUGCUUUAAUAUAUAUGUGUUGCAAAUCUAAAAGUUUAAAAAAAAAAAAAAAAAAAAAAGAUUGACCAAUGUACAAAUCUUAAUAAAGGGUUUCUGCUACUGCUUAUGUAUCAAGUCUUCCAUGAAGAUGAAAUUUAAAGAAUGCUGAUUGCUUUUUGGUACAUGUUCCCAAUCAGUAUUUUGCUGAUCUGCUAACACUACUAAUAUCACUACAUUUAUUUUAAGAAAAAAUAUGAGCACAACAGUUUUUUAGUUUCUAGAGAUAAGCACAAAUAAAAUGUUAAAUAUAGAUAUUUAUAGCUAGUCAUAUAUCAUUCAUUUGUUGCAUCAAUACUUUGUUUUAUUAUAGGCUUGGUUUCGACUCAGUAAAUUAAAUACUUUGUAGAUUCCUCUCUAUUACACCACCAUUUAUUUUAACUUAAUUAUAGUGACUAGAAUCCCCUUUUUAUUGGGAAAUAUCAGACACUGAAAUUGUGUUCAUUCAUAACAACGAAGUAAAUUAUUUCAUACAGUGGCUGGGCUUUCCAAAUAGAAAUUGUGAUUUAGCCUUAGUUGUUGUAAGGAGUCUAUGAUUAAUUGGAUUAUCAUUACUAAAUGAGGUACCAAUCACAUUAGUGUGAUGAUGCUUAAUUUGUAUAAUUUAUACAUUCGCAACAUGUGUUCAAAAAGUUUCUAAAUUAUUGACAAGAUUGCAUGAAGUGGAUUUCCUCCCUAACCCUAAAUCCCUGGUGUAUGCAGUUGCCUAUGUGUUUGUAUUCGGUAAAACGGUAAACAAAGUGUAAUGUAUUCUUGAAUAGUGACUUGUAUAGUCCAAGAUAGUGGAUGGGAUAUACUGAACAUUUUCAAUGUUUUUAUAUGCCUUCUUGUAAUGUAACUAAUGUUAUGAUGAUAGCAUUGGUUUCCUGAUUUAUUUUUGUUUGAAUGUCAAAGACAUGUGCACUCAGUGUUGUCUUUGCAUCUUUGUGGACUAUUUGAACAUACUAUCCAUGCCAAGUCAUCUGAUGUUGUCAACUAUUCAACACAAGAAAUAUUCAAUGAUGGUCCUGGUUGAGGGGAGGUGGGUUCGUUUGAUGUGAUACAACAGUACUAUAAUACGCCUGCACUCUUUCCAGGGCCAUCUUCUACCUAACUGUGAUGAGGCCGCAAAUUUUUAUUUGGGCCAACAAACCAUUUUUAAAAACUAUAUUGAAAAGCUCGUAAACAUGUGUUCAUUCUCAAGACCUUUUUUUUUCUGAUGUGUAGUGAUUUUCAUAUAACUUUAUCGAAUAAGAUUUUAUGCUUAUGAUAAUUUGAAGAGUCAUAACUUCUUUGUUUAAAACCAUUUCCAUACAACUAUAACAUUAGUGUUAUGUAUUUCUUCUGUUUUGUGUUUUCUAAAUUUAGUUAAUGGCCUGAAGACAAGGAGCAUUUAAAAUAAAUGUACCAUAAUUUUCUUUGUAAAUCAAUUUACUGUGUGCUUUUCAUAUGUCUAAAAGAAAAUGGUAUGUAGGAAAAUUAAAAAGUUGGCCUGUAAUUUAGAAACAUGUUGAAGCUAUUUGCCUAAACUUUGUCUCAUUUAUAUCUUAUGAUUGACUGUCAGGAGGAAGAUGUUUUUCACUGCUUACACAAUUUUUAAAAAGUUUUACAUAGUUGAAAUGGUAUAAUCAUUAAUAAAAUUAAUUUUUAAUUCAGUACACAUUUUUCAUUAAUCCUUUUUAAAAAACAUCUACUUGGACAAAGCAUUCUAUGAAAAAUUUAUAUUAUUCAGAGGCCUGGACUUUUAAUACUUUAGAUAGAUUUAUAUAUAAAUAUAUGUUUUAUAUAAUUGUGCGUAAUAGUAUCAUAUAGGUGAUUCUGUUUAAAAAGUUGUGUCCAUAAUACUUCAAAAUUUGUUUGUCAGCCUAUGAUUAAUGUUCAGUUCUUUUAAAUUACAGUUUUUUUUUUAAUUAUUGUAAACCAUACUAACCAGUAAUUGAUCUUUAUGUAUUUGGUCAGCUGGAUGUAUAUAGUGUAGCUAGUUCUGCUAGAGUGACUAGAUAUACCUAGAUACUGUACCUGGUUCUACUUAACUGGUAGAUGGGAGCAGGGUGCAGUGCAAAUCCACUAAAAUCAGUUUUUUGUUGUGGAUAACUGUCAGCAGCUGUCCUUGUUCAUAUGUAAACAAUGCAAGAACUACACCAUUACCUCUGAUAUCCAUCACUUAUUUCUGUUCAUCUGCUAAAUUAAUUUAAAGAAAGGAAUGGUUUAUUUAAGUCUAUUUUUAACAUUACAGAAAAAACAUGUUUUUGGGUUGUAUUUUUUUGGUCCUCUCAGGAUAUUAUUUGAUGAUUAUGCCAUUACUAUGAUACCUCAAUUUGAGUUGAAUUUUUGAUAUUUGUUCUUCAUUUUGUUGUCAGCUUCCUUCUUGUCUCAGAUGAUUUCCUAUUUGUUAUGGUUAAUUUCAUUUAAAUUAUAUUACUAAUUGGAAAUAUAUAUUUUUAAUAGGUGCACAUUCGAAAGAAAAAUGUCUUUAAUACCAGAAGGCAAACUUUUUUAAUCCUUUCAUAGAUUUUAUUGAAUUUAGCCAGUGUCCCCUUUAAAUGCCAGAAUUGAGUUUGUAAUGAAAUAGGGUGCUCUUAUAAAAUUGGAUUAAAGAUACAUUUAAAAAAAAAAAAAACAAGGCUUACUUUAAAACAUCCCGCAUCCUAGGAGCCGCCUUUGCAUCAUUGUGCAACCCACUCAUUUUUUAAUUGAUGACAUUUUGCUGGAUAAACUGGGUCUUUCAGUGCUGUCGGUUCAUUUAGCUGCUGUGAUAAUUUCGAGUCGGUGAGAGCAUGCUAUAAUUGAAGUUUUGGCUAUUGGGUUUGCUGUAUGUAGCAGCCUCAAAACUUGAUUGUUUGUAAAAGUAUUCUAAAUAAAUUUUUGCUUAACCCAUCAGUGACAGUUUCUCAUACAUAAUUUUGAUAGUGAUUCACUUUUUGUUAAAUAUUUUGUCAAUCUUGAUUGCCACUCAUGAAGUUUUCAGUGUGAGAAUAAAAUUUCAAAUGAAAUAUUAAUACCAUAUAUUUUGACACAUUUGUUUAACGUUAGGAUGUGUAAAGGCAGUAUAUCUAGGGGGUUAGUCCAGGCCGUAAAGCUGUUGUGAUACUGUAAAAUAAAAUGAAGCAGUCCGACCUUGUAGACUUCCCCACCUACAAAUACUUGAUGCCUUGUAGUAGUCUGUUGUGUGUGGUUAUUGCAGAAGUUGUCUGUGAAGCAUUGCAAUGUAUUUAAUCUUGUAACCUUUUUUUGUUUAAAAUGACAUACCUCGAAAUUCUUGACUUAUGGGGACCAAACACAUUGAGUAAUAGCAUGGUUUAAAAUCUUUAUAUUGUCCAAGUUUUAUUUGGUUUAGGUUUUGUAACUGCCAAAAUGUCUUAAGUGUUCAGGGGGUCAACUACUCAAAUUCAAAACAGAUGUUGGUGAUUGGCAAAAAUAUAAUUUUUUUUUUGGUACAUCAUUUUUUGGGGGUCAAGUUUUGGUUUGUCUGUUUGAAGCAUUACCUUUCUGUGCAUGACCUCCUUUAUAAUGCCUUAUUCAAAUGUGAACAAUUAUGUACAUUAUUUGUAUAUAGCUCAACAUCUUUACCAAAAAAAGUUACAAUAAAACA